AGCAACGUUGUCGUAGAAUAUCUGCGCUGUGUGGUCAUACCUGUAAAUCCUGUGAGCCGGAACUUCUGGGCUGGCGAACAACACUCUUUCAAAGGAAUAUCAUGCUGCUGAGGUUAUCACCUUGGAAAAACAUGAAGUCUGUCAAAGGGCCCGUAUGUGAGUUGAAGUCACUGAGAAACUGGGCAACGCUUUGUGUGUUUUUGGCGGGGCUGCUCCUUUUGUAUCAUGACCAGUCUCCACUACUCUGGUGGCCUCAGAAACCUGCCGAGCAGAAAACUAAGACUGCUGGUUUCCGUCUGGACAUGGCGACAGAUUGCAUUGAUGACAUGUACGAUGGUUGCAACUCUGAAACAGCCUCUGUGAUCGACCUGUUUGGCGUGUUUGAGUGGCACUUCAGCCAAAACUUCAGCAUUGGUUGGGAUUCAGCUGAAGGCGAUGCGAAGAAACCUGUGCACAAGCACCUGAAAAAGGAGCACGCUACAGUCAUCUACAUGUACACACAGAUGAACAACAUCCAACAAGAGUUCGACCAAGCAGUGAAAACAGGGAAACACAACUACAGCACGCACAGAUUCAAUUUCCACUAUCUCUACUUCUACCUGACCGAUGCCAUUCAAGUUCUGCGUCGCAAUCAGACAUCGUGCAGAAGCACUUUUCACAGGACACGGAAACACUUUGAGCGCAACGUCAUCAACACAAACAUGCGUUUUGGUGCUUUCAUUUGGGCAGCUUCAAGCAAGCAGUCGUUUGAUUUAAAGGCCAACGUGUCUUGUUUUGAGAUCUACUCGUGCUUUGGUGCCGAUAUAACAUAUUACUCUGCAACAAACCAAAUGGGACAGGUGCUGAUUCCUCCUUAUGAGGUCUUCAAGAUCACUGAUGUCCUGACAGAUGACCCAUGGUGCAGUGUGGUUUACAAGCUACAGAGCACCGAAGUACCGACGAGAGAUUUAAAUUGUAAAUUGAAUCGAAGGCAAACACAAACAUAUGUUGGAGCUUUUUUAACACACUGGCAUGAAAGCAGGGUUGGGGUUAUGGCAGUAUGCUUGAUGCUGUUGGUCAUCAUUUCUGUGGUCCUUGUAAAACACAGGCAGAAGCGUUUUGUGGCUGCAGUGCUGGGAGCUCUGCUGGUGCUGAUGGUUAUUUUUGUGAUAUUGAGCGUUAGCCAAUAAUCAAAGAGGGGGGCUGUUGUGUUAUUGGGACACUUUGUUAUGUCUGUUUGUCAUUGAGAGAAUUCUUAAGAUGUUUUUGAAAGUUAUGAGGAAAUAUAAAUCUUCCUUCUGUUGGCUCAGUUUGCAGAGGCCACACUGUCCACAAUAAAUGCUGACUCUUUUGUUGAUUAUGGACAUAAAAAUGAGGUCAAUCUUCAUAGCUUACACCCAAAACUAUAUGAUUUGGGGAUGGGGACAUGUUUUAUCAAGACUGGAGAGACAAGGAUUUUUUCUAAAAAAGAGGUCAAAGUGUUUUUUUUCUAAAUAACCCCAAACAAAAGAAAUAAUUUGUUUCACAUUUUGGGAAAGGAAUUUUUAGCGUUAUAUAAGGUAAGGAAAAAUAAAUAAUAGGGAAUCUUUUGGAAUAAGCCCAAACUAAAAAAAUACUUUCACAUUUAGAUUACAAGAUAAAACCUUAAAUCAUUUACAGAGAGGGCGGCGAUCCUUUUGUGCUUACAUAGGAACAGGUAUCUUACUGCUGGCAGAUAUAAAGGUUUUCAACAUGUAUUCACAGACUACCACGCAGUAUGCAGUGUGAUACAGUAAUUCAUCCUUGGCAACAAAG